CACCUGUUGAAGUUCAGUAUAUUGGCUCCACAGUAGUUGCACUGCUUUAAUUCCUACAAUGACUAUGCUGUAUUGGACAUUCCUGCUCCUCUCAGUCAGUACUGCUUCAUUGGCAGACGAGAGGUCUGGGAGGGGUAAGAGAAAUGUACGUGACCUUGGUGGUGUCAUCAAAUGCACCACAGGCAGGGAGGCCUCAUCCUAUCUGGGUUAUGGAUGCCAUUGUGGGCUCGGAGGAAAUGGCUCACCCAAAGACCAGACAGACUGGUGUUGCCACAAGCAUGACUGCUGCUACGAUAAAGUGAAUGCUGCAGGCUGCAGGACCCUGACUAACAAAUAUCGUUGGACUUGUACGAACAACCAGGUUAACUGUGGUUCCAUCACUGACCGAUGUGACAAAAUCCUCUGCCAGUGUGACAGCGAAUUUGGCCAGUGUAUAAGAAAUGCCCCUUACAACAAAAAAUAUGCCUUUUGGUCAAACCUUCUCUGCCAUUCUAGCACUCCUGGAUGCUAGAUGAUGUAACAAUCUAUCUGUUGGGUGCAUGAUUUAUGGUACACUUUUUUCCUGCUUUUAUUGAUCUAUGAUUAUUUCAGUCAUACGCAUAGUCUUUUUCUAGUACUUUUAGGACAAUAGAAAAAAAUUGCAGAAUACCUACAAAUAAUUCCAUACUGAUGAUCUGAAGUGUGUGUGUGUGUGUGUGUGUGUGUGUUUGAGAGAUAAAGUAUUCAUAAAAAUAUAUAUCAGUGAUAAAAUAACUGUGAGAGGUAAAAUGGAUCCUUAUCCAAGCUUUUCUAUAUCAAGGAGUUUAUUCACACAUUUAAGUAAUCCAAAUAUGUUAAAUUAAAGAGGCAUUUGGGUAAAUUAUAUACUUUUUACCCUUGUUCAAGAGAACAGUCUCAGAAAAAUACAUCUUAGUUUCACAUACAGAGCCCACACAUUUCUAUGCCAAGGAAAGGAUUAACGAAACAAAUACAUGCACAUGAAAAGUGUAUCAUUGCAAAUGCACAC